UCUCCGCCUUCCUCCAACGGGCUACAGCGCUACGCCGCCCUCCGUCGGCCACCUCAUCCCUGCAACGUCCAAUCCUAGACCCUAAUCGGCGGCUUCCCAAAUCCUCCGCAACUCAGAGCACAGGGCUGACCGUCGCUUUGAUCCCAGAAAAGAUACACUAAUAAUUUUGAAAAAUUGUUUCUUUGGUAUGCUUAGGGCAAAGACUGAUGAGGCUGUUGUCGAAACGCCAUUUCGCAUCCAUCUCUAGCGCGCACUAUCACUCCACAUCAUCCCAAAUCAUUCAACUUUGUGGGCAAGGUUUAGUCUCCGAAUCUAUUACCCUUCUUAAUUCCAUAAAUGCCACGCCGCACCAACGAAAUGUAGCUGCAAAUCCAAUAACGUACGCGUCCAUAGUAAAUGUUUGCUCGAAAUCACUUCACUUCACUCUCGGCCUUCAGCUGCACUGCCAUCUGAUUAAGUCCGGACUGGAAGCAGAUCGUUUCGUCGGGAACAGCCUUUUAGCCCUCUACUUCAAACUAGCCAAGGAUUUUAACGACACUCGAAAAUUCUUCGACGGGAUGUUUUACAAGGAUGUCGUGUCUUGGAGUUCUAUAAUAUCUGUAUACAUUCGCGUGGGGAAGCCAUGGAAUGCAAUUGAUUUGUAUCAUGAGAUGUUGGCUUUUGGGAUUGACCCAAAUGCGUUUACUUUGUCUGCAGUGGUCAAGGCAUGUUCGGAGGUUGGGCAUUUGAAACUGGGGAAGUGCUUACAUGGGGUUGUCGUGACGUAUGGAUUUGAGUCCAAUGAGGUGAUUGCGGCUGCCCUAAUUGAUAUGUACGGGAGGAGUUCCAUGCCUAAUGAAUGUCACCAGCUGUUCGAUGAAAUGCCUGAACCAGACGAUGUCUGUUGUACCUCAGUUAUUUCUGCACUCACAAGGUGUGAUUGUUAUCAACAGGCUUUGGGUAUGUUUUAUCUGAUGUCUAGGAAGUAUGGCUUUUGGCCGGAUUGUUUUACUUUUGGAAGUACUUUAACUGCUUUGGGAAAUUUGGAAAGAUUGAAGCAAGGUAAAGAAAUGCAUGCUCUUGUAGUCACGGGGGGCUUUCACAGGGAUGUGUUCGUUAAUAGUAGUUUAUUGGAUAUGUAUGCAAAGUGUGGGGUGAUAGAAGAGUCCCGGCGCGUUUUUGAUAGAAUGGAGAGGAAAAAUCCAGUUUCAUGGUCUGCUUUGCUUGGUGGUUAUUGUAGGAAAGGUGAAUUUAAAGUGGUUAUUGAUUUAUUUAGAGACAUGGAAAAAGACCUUUAUAAUUUUGGAACUGUUCUGCGUGCUUGUGCUGGUUUGGCAACCGAGAAGCUUGGGAAGGAGGUUCACUGCCAAUACUUAAGGAGAUGUAGUUGGAGAGAUGUUGUGGCAGAAUCAGCCCUGGUUGAUUUGUAUGCCAAGUGUGGUUGUGUUGAUUUUGCUUACAGAGUUUUCUUGAAGAUGCCUGUUAAGAAUUUGAUCACGUGGAAUUCAAUGAUUGGUGGAUUUGCUCAAAAUGGACGAGGUGCUGAAGCUGUUAGUAUUUUUUGUCAAAUGAUUCAGGAGAAGGUUAAACCUGAUAAUAUAAGUUUUCUUGAAGUUCUAUUUGCUUGCAGUCACUGUGGUUUGGUGGACCAAGGGCGCAAGUAUUUUGUUGCAAUGCAUAAGGACUAUGGGUUGCAAGCUGGACUUGAACAUUACAGUUGUAUGAUUGAUCUUUUAGGUCGAGCGGGCAAUAUAGAAGAAGCUGAAGAUCUGAUUAUGAAUGCAGAAUUCAAAAAUGAUUCUUCUCUUUGGGCAUCUCUUCUUGGUGCUUGUGCCACGACAACAAAUCCAAUUGUCGCAGAGCGCAUUGCCCAGAAAAUGAUAGAAUUGAAACCCGAUUAUCACUUAAGUUAUAUUCUUCUAGCGAAUGUGUACAAGGCAGUUGGGCGGUGGAGAGAUUCUCUUAAUGUUUGGAACCAAAUGAAAAGAAUAGGGGUCAGGAAAAUGCCAGGAACGAGCUGGAUUGGUGACAGCAUGUUUAGUUCUUCAUCUCCCUGAAAUUUCAAGAUACACCUCCAGAGAUGAAUGAAUGGAAAAUAGAGCAGAAUUUUAAAAAGAAAUGGUAGUUAGGGCAUGAAAAAUUGCUCCUUUUAACUACUUUGUUAGCUGGAUAUCACUCAACUUGCAGUUCCUGGUUUUCAUGGAGAUGUGGGCUGUGGAGAAAGUUGCCAAAUCUGGAUUAGAUACUUUUGCCCACACCAUGCUAACUUAUAGCAAUCCCUGGAUGAUAGUGAAAACAAUGAAGAAAGUAAGGGCUGCUGGUGUCGAUGUCAUGACAUUUUGGCCUGCAUAUGCAGCCGUUGAAGCAUCACAUGCCAGUGUCAGAAUGCAUAAUUCCAGAAGCCUUUGAUAAGUAUCAGAGUACUGGGCAUGCAAAUGGUUCAUUUCUUGUGGUGAUAUGAAUGGGAUUUCAAAAUUAAGCAUCUGGCCCAUCGUCAGCUCCUCAUAUAAGGCUGGGAAUUCUACAUUAAGUCAUUGAUAGAGUUCGUGCUGCAUCGCAACUUCUGGUGACUAAUGACCACUUCCACAAACUCCAUUUAAAGCUCAUUCUGAGUAUCCAGAGAAGGUUCUUUCCACUCAAAAUGCAUUCUUUGCAGGAAAGCAUCUGCAUAAGUCUCAUUUCACUUCUCUCGGCAUAUGGUCACUCUAACCAGUCGGCCUCAACACUUCCAUGGAGUGGCACCCAGGAACAAAUUAACUGGUGGACAAUAUCAAUGACUAUGUUGAGGAUCUUGACAGAAGUUGCAUCUAAGAUAA